AUCUCUUAACUCUUUUUCUGUCAGUGACAGUACUUAACAUAAUGUAUAUGUUUAAUAUUUGUUGAGAGAUUGAAUGAAUUAAUAAAUGAAAAUUUUAUCUUUAGAGAAUGAGAAAACAUCUUGAUUUAUCCUGCCAGUUUAACCAAAAUCUUUACAGUCACAUGCUCUUUUUCUUAAGCUUGUUCAAGUAUAGAAUAAUUAAUUACUGUUUUUUUUUUUUCCUAUUGCUUCACAUCUCAGGGUUUUUUCACAGUUUCCUCCAAAUGGCAUUAUCUCUUUUUCUUCUCAGUAAAUUCAAAGCUACUUAUUCUGUAUGUUUAAACCAACUUUACAGCAUCCAUCUCAUUACGAUAUUUCAUUAACAGAAAAAUAAAUGUAAAUACAUAGUGUUCUAGGAGCUACACCUAAAUCAAGGGUGUGUGAGUGUGUAUAUGGGUAUAUAAAAAUCAAGCUUACUUGCUAAAUUUUCCCGUGGUUUUUUUUUUUUUUUCCAGUGUUUUACUAUGUCAUGACAAGGAUCAUUACUGAUUUGUUUUAAAAUUAUAUUGAAUUCUGAACUACUUUUUAAGACUACAACAAUCAUAGAAAGGUUGAAAAAGUUUACUUUCUUUUUUAUAGUGCCACUUGCAUUGUAGUUAUUAAAAAAGAAUUGAUAACAAAUUGCAGUAAUGAAACAGUUUGUGAAUAUGCAUUACAAGAUUACUAAGGCUAAAAUUUUCUGCAGUAGAAUAUUUAUUGCUCAAUAAAGUAAUGCUAAUUUAUAGCAUUUGGCUUAAAAUAUUGUUAUUUUAUGCACCGAAACAAGUAUACAAAAAUAGAAGGUUAAAAGUUCAUUUAAAGCAUAUUACAUCUGAAGAUGGGACUUUAUACCCCUUUCUGAAUUAGUCUAAUUUUCUGAGAGUCAACAACAUGUAUAUUCUCUCUGAUAUACAUAUAAGAAUCAUGUAGCUUAAUUUCCUGAAAAUUGUCUUAUUAUAAACCACUGAAAGAACUAGGCAUAUUUAACCUAGAGAAGAGAAGAUUAAAAGAAGACCUGACAGUCAUCUGCAGAUGAUUUGGGGACUUUCGUGUAGAAUAAUGUUUAGGGUAGAACUAGUGUUAGCGGGUAAAAGUGAUUUGUAGCUAUAUUUUCUGUUUCAAUAUGAGAAAGAACUUUUUUCAAUGACUAAUAACUGCCCAGGAACAUAAUGUGGUAUCUAAUGAGGUAGGGAGGACAUUUUACAUUGAGAUAGUCAUGGAAAAUUAAGUGACUUUUCUUUCUUACCUUCCCUUCAUUCCCUUUGUUUCCUUCUUUCCUAAUCAGUGUUUGCUCUAGGUCUGUGCUGUCCAAUAUGGUUGCUACUAGCCACAUGUGGUGAUGGAGUCUUUGAAAUGCAGCUAGUCUGAAUUGAGAUGUGCUGGGAUAUCAUUUUCAAUGCCCAAUACCCAGAACUGCCUCCCGAUUUUAUCUUUGGAGAGGAUGUUGAAUUCCUGCCAGACCCCUCAGCUUUGCAGAAUCUUGCCUCCUGGAAUCCUUCAAAUCCUGAAUGUCUCUUACUUGUGGUGAAGGAACUUGUGCAACAGUAUCACCAAUUCCAAUGCAGCCGCCUCCGGGAGAGCUCCCGCCUCAUGUUUGAAUACCAGACAUUACUGGAAGAGCCACAGUAUGGAGAGAACAUGGAAAUUUAUGCUGGGAAAAAAAACAACUGGACUGGUGAAUUUUCAGCUCGUUUCCUUUUGAAGUUGCCAGUGGAUUUCAGCAAUAUCCCCACAUACCUUCUCAAGGAUGUAAAUGAAGACCCUGGAGAAGAUGUGGCCCUCCUCUCUGUUAGUUUUGAGGACACUGAAGCCACCCAGGUGUACCCCAAGCUGUACUUGUCACCUCGAAUUGAGCAUGCACUUGGAGGCUCCUCAGCUCUUCAUAUCCCAGCUUUCCCAGGAGGAGGAUGUCUCAUUGAUUACGUUCCUCAAGUAUGCCACCUGCUCACCAACAAGGUGCAGUACGUGAUUCAAGGGUAUCACAAAAGAAGAGAGUAUAUUGCUGCUUUCCUCAGUCACUUUGGCACAGGUGUCGUGGAAUAUGAUGCAGAAGGCUUUACAAAACUCACUCUGCUGCUGAUGUGGAAAGAUUUUUGUUUUCUUGUACACAUUGACCUGCCUCUGUUUUUCCCUCGAGACCAGCCAACUCUCACAUUUCAGUCCGUCUAUCACUUCACCAACAGCGGACAGCUUUACUCCCAGGCCCAAAAAAAUUACCCGUACAGCCCCAGAUGGGAUGGAAAUGAAAUGGCCAAAAGAGCAAAGGGAUGCCAAGGGAGCAGAGAUGCCUGCAGCCCGUGGGAGCAAGUCCUGGCCUUUGCAGUUGCAAAAACUGGCUGCAAGCUGCUCCAGCCCCAGAGGAACUGGCCAAGCUCCAGAGGGCCUCCUUGGAGGGCCUCAGAGGGAGAGAGAACUGCUCAGUAAUUUUGAUCACUUUGGGCUUAUUUCAAAACCUUUGUCCCUCAGUUCCAGGAGGCAGCGUUUGCCAAUGGAAAGCUCUAGGAAACACCAGUCUUGAGAGGUGGCCAGCCAGACUGCCUGUCCACAUGCGUGUCAGCACACACAGCCGCUUCCUGGAAGCCGCCUGGCAUGUCUUCACGGCAGCGUUUUGCUCACACAGCAGCUUUGCACACCCCAGGCAGCCCCGACUGCUGAAAUCCAACUGGAGCUGGCUGGUGGUCCCUGGAUCCUAGAGCCCUUCACUUCGGGUUCCUCCCUCUUUCUUGCCUCUAUUUCUUAGUUGGAAGAAAUAAACUCACAAAUUAUGGUGCAGUAAUUUUCCGGGGAAAGUAAAAGCAUCAGGAAUGCCCACACCUUUCUUCCACAGCCUUUGUCUCUGAGACCUCUUAAGUUUUAAGAUUAAAUGCCCCUCGCCGUUUUUCCUCUGAAA